AUGGCUGGCCUGGUCGAAUGGUGCCUGUACGUCUGCUACAAGUACGGACGGUUCACCGGCGUCAUAAACUUUGAGUACGACAUGAAGGCGCGCCGAGCCCGGGCCACAAAGCGAACCACAGUGUGGGCUGCCGUUUCGCACUUCACCAUGUUCCUGAUGCUGCUGCUGCAAAUACUGAAACGGCAAUCGAUCGGCAGCAUGUGGGCCGGAGCCAACUCCAUGACCGCAUAUGUUUUCAUGGUAAUCGCCAUCGUCAGGAUCUGCUGCGUCUUCCUGGCUCUGGUCAGUCGCUGGUGUCACCGCCGCCGGUUCAUGGAGCUCUUCACGGAGUACAUGAACCUGAGCCUCUUGCACCCGGAGAUACUCCAGUACUGCCGCCGGUCCAUCGUCAACAAGUUCUUCGCGGCCCUCAUGGCCGAGACCCUGCAGAUGGUGGUCGUCUUCUUGGUUCUGCGCCGGAGGCUAACGAUCGUCGGGGCCGUGGGAGUCUGGUCCAUGAUGGUCUUGACAGCCAUAAUCAAUGUGAUCAUCACACAGUUUUUCAUCGCGCUGGCCCACGUUCGGGGCCGCUGCAGCCUCCUGAACAAGGAGCUCCGGGCCGUGGUCAACGAAGUGCAGUCCCUCGUACCCAAUCGGAAGGGAGUCUAUAUGAUCAGGUGCUGCCGCCUGGCCGAUCGCCUGGAGGAGAUAGCCCAGGCCCAGUCCGAACUGCACGCCCUGACGGAGAAGCUGGCGGAGACCUACCAAGUGCAGAUCCUCUGCAUGAUCCUCACCUACUACAUGACCGUUGUGGGCAACGUAUACCUUCUCUUCAGCAUCAACAAGUACCAGGCCUUUGCGGAUCUCCUUAACAUCUACAUCGGAGGCUUGGGAGUAGCUUUUCUGGUAUUCUACCAUCUGGAUUCUUGGCUCAACGGCCUCAACGUUAUGUACUUGCUGGACGCCCAUGCGGAGAUGAUUCGACUCCUCCAGCAGCGAACCACCUUUCAGCCUGGCUUGGAUCAGCGAUUGGAAACUGUGUUUGAAAACUUUACUCUGAACUUGGCCCGAAAUCCUUUCAAGCUGCGGGUUUUCGGGAUGUUCGAAAUGGAUUACGCCUCUCUGUUUGCCCUGGGAGGUUCCAUGCUAACACACUCCAUACUCCUAAUUCAAUAUGACCUCCAGAACUUUUAA